AUGCUCAUUUUUGAGGUAUCGUUUCGAGUCUUUCACUACAAUAUGAUCAUCGAGGUGGAAGGAGGCGUUGUUUUGUACCUUAUUUUAUUACCACACAUUAAAGGUGACCCCAUUGCUGACGCAUUUGUGGUGAAGGUGCGACAGGACAGCGCCUUCCUCGCCGUUGCCGACGGCGUGAAUUGGGGCGAAGCGCCGAUGCGCGCUGCUCGCUGCGCCAUCAACGCUAUCUACGAGCACCUCGAAACUAACCUCCUCCUCGGCGGACCCCAAGCCCUCAAAGUGCGCAACACUCGGGAUGCUGCUAGUCUUCUAUUCGCGGCCUUUCGUCAGGCUCAUUUGGACAUCACGGCGCAGACGCGGGGCCUUUCAACACUCUGCGUGGGUCUGCUUCUGCCAGUGCACUUGAGCGAGCGCCACCGACGUCACCGUCCCGACCAGUCGAACCUCUCCGCAUCCUCUUCCUUAGAGGAGGGAAUCGAAGGUCUCGAGACGUUGCGCUACGGCAGUGCCCUCAUUGUUGCCUCUGUUGGUGACUCGCAAGCUUUUCUGCUACGCGAGGGCACCGACACCGUCGAGGUUACCGGCUGGGUUCCCCCACAGCCGUCCUCUGUAGGUGCCAAAACGGGCUGUGAGACCGAGGGUCCCCCAGAGAGAGACUUCCGCGAUGCUGGCGGUGCCCUUGGUGCUGUCCACGAAUCUGGAGAGCCGGAGCUUCAGAACUUGAUGUGUGCAGGCAAUAAGCAUCACCACCAUAUAAAUUAUUUAACUGUAUUUUCAGUUGUACACUGCGCUCCGAGAGAUGUGAUAAUUUUUGGAACAGACGGUUUGACGGAUAACUUUGAUCCCGUGAUUGUUCGGAUCGCUAUACCACGUUCUCCAGACAUCACCUAUGUAGACGAAAAUGAAGUUGAAAAUAACAACACAACUCAUUCCAAGACAUGCUCGAAAGUGCACCCUAACUGGGCCAAGAUGACACCGAUUUCAACACCAUAUAAGCUGCUGGUGUGGCCCAAACCACCGCCACCUCCACCGUCGUCCCUGCCGCCAGAACAGACGCCGUCAGAACCCGAUUCACUCCUCUCUAGCCCCGACGAAGUGAGUGCACGUAGCCUUAACUACACCGACCAGUUGGAGCUCACCUGGCCCGAACGUCGUCAGUACGCGGCGAAGGAACUCACACGCAUCUGGUACGAGCUUGAACGCACCGGUAACGGUGAGGUCUCUGCAGCGGACUUUGGGGAGGCCUUGCUGAAACAUGUCAGGCGCGUGACCGCCCAAAAACGUCAAUUUCUUGAGGCGCCUGAAACCACAAAGCUAAAGGCGCAGUUCUCGCGGUACAUGCGGAAGAAGAAUUCGAUGCAGAAGACCGACUCGGAGAGUGCAAUUGGUGGGGAUUGUGGCCGCGUGACAGUUGCUGAGAAGGAUGAUGAGCUGUGUGAGUUGGAGCGCAGGAGAGCUUGGAUUAUGGACUCGAUGAAAAGAAUGCCUGGCAAAUUAGAUCACGCUACUGUAGUCGUUUUGCGGGUCGGCUCGGUUUAA